GGCCCCUGCCUGCAAGGCGCUUACAGUCUAAUAUUGCAGACAAAAAACAUCAACUGAUGAAUAUACUGGAGUUUAGAGCCAAAAGCAAAUAUAAUGGGAAUAAAUACAGACGAGUGCUGAGGUGGCUGAUGGAAUGACCCGACCAGGAAAAUAGGGGGGAUUAGUUAGCUCUAAACCUGCAGCCGCAAUACCACCAGUAUAUCAAAAAGUGACUCUUCCCAACCCAACAAGAUUGCUCACAGAGGCAAACUCGCAGAAGAGUAACGACACCUUCAAAGGAGUUAUGUGACAGCAUUACUGUAGCCCUGCCGGAACACGGAAUCCCGGCAAAAUGCCCCAACUUGAACAACUGAGAUACCCCUACUGGGAUUCUUUCUACCGGGCAACAACCCAAGACUGGUUGGAGGAAAAUGACUCAGAGAUCAAAAAGCUUGCAGUCAAGCGAGAACUACAUCGACACCACCUUGUGGUUUCCCAUGAUGAAAAAUAAAAGGGAGGCCAGAGUGCAGAUGAAAGUAAGAAAUGUGUGUGACCAGUGGUGUAAUGUUAAAGCUGAAGAGGUGCAGGGAAAUAAUACCGACAGCCAUCGAACCAAGGACUUUAAUUCCUCACUGAAGAAACUCCACGGCCCCAGCUAUUUCCACCUCUUCCAAUAAGCCUUCCCCAGAUAACUCCUAGCUCUCUAUAGGCAGGUAAUGUGCCAUUUCUUUAUUUUACUACUCCCCGAAUGCUUGGUACAGUCUUUACUAUUACUAACAUACUGCUUCUAUCCCCACAGCCUCACUGUAGAGUACAGAUCUCUUCAUAUUUAUCACAGACAAGGAGCGACUGAUGUCAGACAAAGGCGUCGACCAGCCUUUCCUGGGGAUUUGGAGAGAAACUGAGAGCCUCUCAUCCGGGAUUCUUCCGCCCUUCCUCCUGGAAAUAGGGAGGAAGUGGACCUAUGGGCAUCCCGGGAAAGUCCUGAAAGGCAGCUCUCCCGGGGCCUCCUUGGAAGUGAAGGAAAGAGACCACCCCACACGUGUUUCCUCCCACGUCUUCCGCCUCCACCUCCCAUGCAUCCCAGCACCCCCAUCAGCUCCCUGUUCUCCUUUACCAGCCCGGCAGUGAAGAGGCUGCUGGGCUGGAAGCAAGGGGAUGAAGAGGAGAAGUGGGCCGAGAAGGCCGUGGACUCGUUGGUGAAGAAGCUGAAGAAGAAGAAGGGGGCCAUGGAGGAGCUGGAGCGGGCCCUUAGCUGCCCGGGGCAGCCCAGCAAAUGCGUCACCAUUCCGCGCUCGCUGGACGGCAGGCUGCAGGUGUCGCACCGCAAAGGCCUCCCCCAUGUGAUUUACUGCCGCGUGUGGCGGUGGCCCGACCUACAGUCUCACCACGAGUUGAAGCCCCUGGAGGGUUGUGAAUUCCCCUUUGGCUCCAAGCAGAAAGAGGUGUGCAUUAACCCCUAUCACUACCGACGGGUGGAGACUCCAGUGCUUCCACCCGUGCUGGUCCCAAGACAUAGCGAGUUCAACCCCCAGCUCAGCCUCCUGGCCAAGUUUCGGAACGCCUCCCUGCACAGCGAGCCCCUGAUGCCACACAACGCCACCUACCCCGAGUCCUUCCAGCAGCCUCCCGGCUCCGCCUUCUCCUCCUCUCCCAGCCAUAUGUUCAUCCAGUCACCCAGCACCAUCAGCUACCCAAACUCCCCAGGAAGCUCUGGGCCUGGAAGUCCCUAUCAGCUGACAGUUGAUACACCCCCGCCGCCUUACCACACCACAGAAACACCAGGAAACCAGAGCGGGCGGACUCUAGAUCCGGCAGCAGACAGUCACUUAGUUCUCUCAUUGCCCAAUGGAGAUUUUCGGCCUGUGUGUUAUGAAGAACCACAGCACUGGUGCUCUGUUGCCUACUAUGAACUUAACAACCGAGUAGGGGAGACUUUCCAAGCCUCUUCUCGAAGCGUCCUCAUAGAUGGAUUCACGGAUCCUUCAAAUAACAGGAAUAGGUUCUGUCUUGGACUUCUUUCUAAUGUAAACAGAAACUCAACCAUAGAAAACACCAGGAGGCACAUAGGAAAGGGCGUCCACCUCUAUUACGUUGGGGGAGAAGUGUACGCGGAGUGCGUGAGCGACAGCAGCAUCUUCGUCCAGAGCCGAAACUGCAACUAUCAACACGGCUUCCACCCGGCCACGGUUUGCAAGAUCCCCAGCGGCUGCAGCCUCAAGAUUUUCAACAACCAGCUCUUCGCCCAGCUCCUGGCUCAGUCCGUGAACCACGGCUUCGAGGUGGUCUAUGAGCUGACCAAGAUGUGCACCAUCCGAAUGAGCUUCGUCAAAGGCUGGGGAGCAGAGUAUCAUCGCCAAGACGUAACCAGCACUCCCUGCUGGAUUGAGAUUCAUCUGCACGGACCCUUGCAGUGGCUGGACAAAGUCCUAACGCAGAUGGGCUCACCCCAUAACCCUAUCUCGUCCGUCUCUUAGCACUCCUCUCUCCCGCUCCUCCUUUAGAGAAUAGAUGCUAUUGCAGGCAGUGGCUUAUAUCAUUUCAAAUGUGCAAUUAACUGAAGUUUCUAAGUGU